GGGCCCGCCUCCCGGCCCCCGCCCCCGGGCUCGCGGCCGCAUGACUUCCGGCGGCGACGCAGCGCGUAGGAGCGCUCCUGCCUCUUCCCCCUCAACGCGCUCGGGCCGAGAGGAGCGACCGGGCCGCGCCGCCCAGCCCAGGCCGCGGCCAUGAGUGAGGCAGAAGUGAAUCCCAAAGCUUACCCCCUGGCUGAUGCACAGCUCACCAAAACACUGCUGGAUCUUGUGCAGCAAUCCUGUAACUAUAAGCAGCUACGCAAGGGAGCCAAUGAAGCCACCAAAACACUGAACAGAGGGAUAGCGGAGUUUAUUGUGAUGGCGGCAGACGCGGAGCCCUUGGAAAUCAUCCUGCACCUCCCCCUCCUCUGCGAGGACAAGAAUGUACCUUACGUGUUUGUGCGGUCCAAGCAAGCCCUGGGCCGGGCGUGUGGUGUUUCCCGGCCUGUCAUCGCCUGCUCCAUCACCAUCAAGGAGGGAUCACAGCUAAAGCCUCAGAUCCAGUCUGUCCAGCAAGCUAUAGAAAGACUGUUGGUCUAAAUGCCCAUGAGUUUAAGUAUGUGUGUGGAAUAGGAAGGUUGAAGUCAGGGGGAAUUAAUGUCUAGCUUCAGUUGAGAUUAUAGUUUUGAUAUCAGUGUUUCAUUUCAAAACAGCCCAUUUUUGUUUAAUAACUGCUUAAUUCUUAGUGUUUCUGCUUCUCCUCCCCCCUCUUUUCUAUUAUUCCACUCCAACACAUCCAUUCUCAUCGUAUUACUUUUUGAAAAGUGAUUGUACAACUGUAUUUCCUGUUUGAUGUUUGAAAGGAAAAAAAAAAAUCCCCCUUAUCUCCAUGUUUGCCUGCUCAGGGCUUUUUUUAACCCACCCGUUAGCUUACUCUGUUGUAGUAUUUCUGCUAAGCUUCAGCCUCUAACAGGUGUGAGUAACUCUGUGUUUCUGAAUGGUUUAAGUUUAUUGAGGAUAAGGCAUGUCAGUUCACUGCACUGUGUGUGGGGUUCUACACACAGCAUAGGCAGACAGUGACUAUUGUGUAGCAGUGGACGGAGCCAAGCUCAGUACACACAGCACAACCCUUUUUCUUCUUGAAACCAGACAAGAGACUUCUGUAAGAGGGUGUAUGGGGAGCAGGAAUCUUAUGGCAGUGCACAAGGGGAAAUCUCGUAUCUUGCUUUUUUUUUUUUAAAUACUGACUUUUUAAGAAAAAUAAAAUUGCUGAUAAAGCUAAAUAUAGGAAUGUCCAUAAUUGUCACUCCCUUGGGGAAGCAUUUGCAAUUAACUGAAGUGUUCCUACUUGUUAAACUGCUCAGAGGUUGCCUAAAAGCUAUUGCAGUGCAGUAGUUCAUACCCUUUGGUUUUCUUUGUGUGGACUGUAUCAAGGAGUUUGGGCUUCCUAGGGGGUACUUAAGUACAAAACAUGGUAGAGAGCAGCUUGCUGUGGCUGACAGGGACCCUACAUCUGGCCAAUAAUUAUAAUAAUUAUCCUUUUAGAGAUACUACUGUACUAUAGUCACCUAACUGAAGAUAAACCCUGUGAGUCAUGGCCAAGACAAUGGGGAGCAAGUAAUUCUUCAGAUAAAAUAACCUGUGUCUCAAGAAGAGAAUACUAGAUAAUCUCAUGUUCUGGAAAAGCACGAAGCACCACCUGCGUUCUGUAUUAGUGGUGGUUUUAUGGAGCUCGCUUUAGUUAAAUGCAUAUUGUAUAAUAAAUCCACUUACUGCUCUGAGCAGAAGAAUCUAAA